UAAUUCGCGUCUGUGUUCGUAUACUUGCUGUUUCAUAGACCCGCAGGUUCUCCACUGUGACUGGAUGUAUUAUUUCUGCGUUACUCGGGGCAACGCCUCUUCUACAUACGGCUGUAUCCGCUCCACCUUAACAGCCCCAUGUCAGCGUUCAUACAAUGUUUUUUGCAUUGACGUCAACUGCAAAGGGCACAAAACAGACUAUGGACAGAUAGUCAGACAUUGGUGCCAAUUUUAAACCAAUCUGACAACGACAGCCGCAGAUUCACAAGCAUCACAUCGAGGGAGACAGGCUGGGUCCGACCACCACCGCGACACAGGCACCGUUGCCCAGAGUGCGGCCCAGGCAGGAGCUCAUGAUGGAGGGGGGUAUGCAGCUGCUGAACCGCGAUGGCCACAGCAUCUCGCACAACUCCAAACGCCACUAUCAUGACUCCUUUGUGUCCAUGAACCGCAUGAGACAGCGGGGCCUGCUCUGUGACAUCGUCCUCCAUGUGUCCAACAAAGAAAUCAAAGCUCACAAAGUGGUGCUGGCCUCGUGCAGCCCCUACUUCCAUGCCAUGUUUACAAAUGAGAUGUCAGAGAGCCGUCAAACCCAUGUGACUCUUCACGACAUUGACCCUCAAGCCUUGGAGCAGCUGGUGCAGUAUGCCUACACCGCUGAGAUCGUGGUCGGGGAGGGCAACGUGCAGACAUUACUCCCGGCUGCCAGCCUUCUGCAGCUGAACGGGGUGCGUGAUGCCUGCUGUAAGUUCCUCCUGAGUCAGCUGGACCCCUCCAACUGCCUGGGCAUCCGGGGCUUCGCCGACACUCACUCGUGCAGCGACCUCCUCAAGUCUGCACACAAGUACGUCCUGCAGCACUUUGUGGAGGUGUCCAAGACUGAGGAGUUCAUGCUGCUGCCACUCAAACAGGUUCUGGAUUUGAUCUCCAGUGAUAAUCUCAAUGUGCCAUCUGAAGAGGAAGUGUAUCGAUCAGUACUCAGUUGGGUGAAACAUGACAUAGAUGGCCGGCGACAGCAUGUUCCCUGGCUGAUGAAGUGUGUGAGGCUGCCGCUGCUCAGGCGUGACUUCCUCAUGAGUAAUGUGGACACUGAGCUGUUGGUGCGGCACCACUCCGAGUGUAAAGACCUGCUCAUCGAGGCUCUCAAGUACCACCUGAUGCCCGAGCAGAGGGGCGUCCUGAGCAACAGCCGCACCAGGCCACGCCGCUGUGAGGGGGCCAGCCCAGUGCUCUUCGCUGUAGGUGGGGGCAGCCUGUUUGCCAUCCAUGGAGACUGUGAGGCCUAUGACACCCGGACAGACCGUUGGCACAUGGUGGCGUCUAUGUCUACUCGGCGGGCACGAGUGGGAGUGGCUGCCAUCGGGAAUAGACUGUAUGCAGUGGGAGGGUAUGAUGGGACCUCUGACCUUGCAACUGUGGAGUCAUAUGAUCCCAUCACUAAUGCCUGGCAACCCGAGGUUUCUAUGGGAACGAGACGAAGCUGUCUGGGUGUGGCAGUACUUCACGGCCUGCUGUAUGCUGCCGGAGGCUAUGACGGUGCUUCCUGUCUAAAUAGUGCUGAGCGCUACGACCCUCUGACCAGCACAUGGACCUCCAUCGCUGCCAUGAGCACCCGCAGGAGGUAUGUGCGGGUAGCUACUCUCGACGGCAGCUUGUACGCCGUGGGAGGUUAUGACAGCUCUUCACAUCUGGCAACAGUGGAGAAAUAUGAUCCACAGAGUAACACUUGGACAGCCAUUGCCAACAUGCUGAGCCGGCGCAGCAGUGCGGGCGUGGCGGUGCUGGACGGGAUGCUGUAUGUGGCAGGAGGCAAUGACGGCACCAGCUGUCUCAACUCUGUGGAACGAUUCAACCCCAAAACCAACACCUGGGAAGCAGUUGCCCCCAUGAACAUCCGCAGGAGCACCCAUGACCUCGUUGCCAUGGACGGCUGGUUGUACGCAGUGGGUGGCAACGACGGCAGCUCCAGUCUCAACUCCAUAGAGAAAUACAACCCGCGCAGUAACAAGUGGGUGGCUGCGUCCUGCAUGUUUACGCGCCGCAGCAGUGUCGGGGUGGCUGUACUGGAGCUGCUCAAUUUCCCUCCGCCCUCAUCGCCCACGCUCUCUGUCUCCUCCACCAGCCUUUGACACGGGGUCACGGCCUGGCUGAUCUCUGCCUCUGCUGCUACAGCCCAGACCGGCUCUGGGAAGAGACGCAACUGCUCGGUGUAAUAAUGGGGUUACAGGAGGUAAAGGUGCAAAGAGUCACUGAGGGUCUAUGCAAAAGACAGAAGUGUAGUUUAAAAGUGGCACAUUUGGUGAAGAAAGGAAAACAAUGCUAUUAUGAAUUAAGAGUCACAGACCAAUUCAGUCCUGUAACAGUGCACUAGUUAAAGGAUGAAAAGCGGGUUUUAAAUUACACGCCCAGGAACCAGUUCUUGAGGCGUGAACAAUUUGGCACUUUUUCAAAUCUUUUGCCACUAACACAUUGAUCGUCUUGGCUGAAGCCUCACUUUACCACUGUACUACGCAGAUCACAGUUGUCAUAUCUAUAGGAGCAUGUUGUAAAAUAUUUGUCCACCCAAUGAGUGUUUGACACACUUACCUUGAAAGUGGUGGUUGAUGUUGUGUUUUGCAAAUUUUGUUUACUCUUUUUUUUUGCAAUAUUGUAACAAAACAAAAAAACAGAAGAGGAGAACCUGAAUGCUUUUAAUUUAAGGAAUGUAUCUUUGCCUGACUCUACGCUGCAUGUUCAUAUCAGCAUCAACUCUCAACAAGAGAGAAACACGCUGUAGUGCCGCUGAUCCACGCUAGGUGGCAGUAAGAGGCAAUGUUGUCACAGCCCUUAUUCAAGAGGACAAAAAGCUAUGAGAAUUGUAAUGUUUUUUUUGUACUCAAAGAUUAUCAAGUUGGUGACAUCUAUUUAUAAAGUCUAAUAUAUUCUGUUUAAAAGAGCUUUAGAGAACAGAGCAGACCUAUAGAAGAGUGUAUUUAUUUAGGUGUGCAGAUAUUUGGUCAUGAAUGUUUUGUGUAAGAGAAGUAGUUUGCAUUUAGCGAUAGUUCAGAAAAGUCUACACUGCAGAACAGUUUCUGUUCUUUCUUCACUGCCUCAUGCACGAUCUCACCAGCGUAUGGUUCAGUCACAUCUACACAGUGCUCUCCACCUUAAUGUAAAUGUGAAAGGUGAUGGAUCUAAUCUGCUGCAGUGUCAGCUCUGUCUCACAUGACACUGUAUAAAUGCUUUAGUCGUCCACAGUGUAUCCACACUUGACUCAAAUAUGUAACGCUGGUGACAGAUGCUGUCAGAUUCCCAUCCACACUGCACUUGACCGAGUGUGGUGUCCUGUUCUUUUACCUCAUCACUGGAAAGCAUCCAGGCUAUUGCUACUCCACCAAGUUUACCCAUAAUAGAAAUACUUAGACUUACCAAAACAACAGUUUGACUGGCUAACACAUGUGGGUACAAAUACCAGCAGGUUCAGUUCAUGUGUAUCGCAGUGUUAUCAUUCACUUCUGAGAAGUUGCCUUUUUUUCCUGUUUUAAAGGAUGUUAAUUAUUUGGCCUGGUUAUUUUGUAUGAGUCAGUCCCCAGUGGAAGGGGGAGUAGUUUGUCUUAUGGAAAAGUGUUUACAGCAGGCACUAAGAAAUGGGCACAAAAACACAUUGGCUUCUUAGUAGUAAAUUGAACUGUAAAAAAAAAAAAGACUUGCUCUCAGCUAAUUUGUGCAAUUUAUGUGUGGCUAGCUUUUAUGUUUAUUUAUGUGGUGACCUUGUUUAUUUAUUAAAUGUUAUUUAUGAAAAAAUGCACUAUUGCAAACUGAAGCAAUACACUGUAAACAAAAAUAAAUCUGUUUUCAAACGUGAA